GUCAGAUCACUGUUUUUAUUACAGAUCCAACAAAAUUGAAACUCUUUAAAAAAAAUUAUUGUCCAUGUCAGUUCUGACAUCAAGUGGUUACAACUCCCUCGCGAUCACAGUUGCGGGAUUGACCCGUGAUCCUCCCAAUCAAGUUCAACGUCAUCCACCACUGAAGCAACUAACGAUUGGUCUAUUAUUAUCGAUUUAAGUUCUACAAAAUUGAAAGAUUAUUUUGUAUGGCUUAGGAGUUGUCAACUAUAGUACCCUCAGAAUGGUGAUAGUUUUACUUAUUUGAUGUGUUGUGGGGUACAUCCCUUCCCUCACAAGCCCGUCAGUCGUCACCUUAUCAAGACACUUUGUUGUUGAGUGCCCUUGUCUUUGUCUCCAUCCACUGGUCAAAUUUCAUUUCACACUUUCCUUCCACUUUCAUCGACUUGGUCCUUUAUCCCCACUUUUCUUCUUUUCUUAUUAUAAUUUCCUUCCUUUCUUUUUUUUUUUUUAUACAUUCUUACUCUAUUAUUACCAGUUACCACUCUCUUUCUUCCUCUCAAUUUCCUUGAAACUCACCUUGUUUGUUGACAUGGGUAUGCUUUGAUUUUGAUAAAGUUUCAACUUUUGCUUUUUACUUUUUGUGGGUUUAUCGUAAAUUCAAUGUUCUGAAGUGGGGUUUUGGAGAUAAUAAUAAUAAUAAUGAACUCGUGCUCUUACUACUUUAUUACACCUAUUAAGAUUCCUUGGAACACUUUCGUUUUCUUCAUCAUCAUGUUUAUCUAUGCUACAGCUUCAUCAAACAUGCGUUGAAAUGUCUUCAAGUUUAGCUUCGUACAACAAGAUUUCCUUGUUUUGAUAAGUCUUCAUUCAUUUUUUGGCGACUUUUGGAGUAUAUAGUAUUAGUAGCAAGUUUUGUUCUUUGAAAAUUCAAAGUUCUUUCACUGUUUCUUCUUGUCAUCAUCAUCGUUGUACUAGCACGCAACACUUCCUUGAAUGGGAACUGAUAGUUGUGAAGUGGUAGAGACAUUACCAGAUCCCCGCUCUUUUAAGGUACACCGGAGAAUGUGCACAGAACUCAAGAAAUUAGUUGAUAGAGUGUUAAAGAUAUCUCCGCAAAUAGAGGAAGCACGCCCUCGGUCCUCAUCAGGAAUACCGGCUCUCGUUUUGCUUACCAGUACACUUGAUAAAGCCAAACAACUUCUGCAUUAUUGUUCUGAUUCUAGUAAACUCUACCUGGCUAUGACAGGGGAGUCGAUACUCUCAAAAUGCCAAAAGGCAAGAAAGUCGUUAGAGAAAAGCUUGGUCCAGAUUCAGGAUAUAGUUCCUGUUAUGUUGGCUGCAGAGAUUUCUUUUAUAAUUGAUGAUCUUAGAUGCGUGAGCUUUGUCCUGGAUUCUGCUGAAGAAGAGGCUGGAAGGGUUAUGAGAGAAUUGCUCCAGCAAGGUCCUUCAACCUUGGAUAACGAUUCAAAAGAAAACACAGAUGUCAAAUCUCUUCAGUUUGCAGCGGCAAGACUUAAUAUUACAUCCGCAACAUCCGUCAUGAUAGAAAGAAGAUCUAUUAAGAAGUUAUUACAAAAAGUUGGACCACAAGAGGAAAACAAAAAGGCGAUCUUGACAAAUCUGUUGUAUCUUGUGAUAAAGUAUGGAAACUUAUUAAACACAGGAGAACAAGUGGAGGUCUAUUCUCAUCAUGAAGAACCAGCGGCAACUGAGAACUCUGGUCAUGAUUCUUUACGCACCGAUCAUGUGAAUUUGAGGCCAUAUUUGAACCAUGAUCAGUAUGGAACACGUGUCAGCGAGUUGAGUAGAGUUCCACCCCCGAAGGAAUACACUUGUCCGAUAUCUUUUCGGUUGAUGUAUGAUCCUGUUGUCAUUGCUUCAGGAGAAACAUAUGAAAGGAUGUGGAUACAGAAAUGGUUUGACGAGGGUCAUGUUAUAUGCCCGAAAACUAAAAAGAAACUGCCGCAUAUGGCAAUGACUCCUAAUGUCGCUUUAAAGAAAGUAAUAUCAAACUGGUGCGAAACUAAUGGAGUCUCGAUUCCUAACCCAAGUAGGCAAGCAGAAGACAUUCACUCGUGGGAAGAUUCCAUCGCUUCCAUUAGGAGUUUUGGAAGUUCCAUGAAUGGUUUGAACUUGCCAAUGGAUCUUAGUAACAUUUCACUUGGAUCGUUAGAUAACAGUUAUAACUCAGACUCCUCACUUGUGAAGGCUAGUCAUGGCUUAAAUUCGAUGUUGAUCAACACCAGAAAUGGACGUUCUCGCGGGCAUCAAUCUCAUUCACAGAUACAUGACACAUAUCUGGUACCCUUGUCUAAACUUCAUGAGCAUCAAUGGGAUUCACAAUGCCAACUCGUCGAAGAUAUGAAAAGAGGUUUCAAAUGCAAUAACCAAGCUUUUAGCUCCGUGUCGUCAGAGAAUUUCAUUGACCCACUUGUGAGGUUUCUGAGCACUGCGUAUGAUAAGCACGACACAAAAGCUCUGAGAGGUGGAAGUCAGUUGCUGUUGGAGUUUACAAAGAACUGCAGAAAUUGUUUGACAAACUUAAGUGAAGAUACAUGCAGUAUUUUGGCAAGUCUCCUAGAGUCAGACGUGAUUGGAGAAGCUCUUGCCAUACUGGAAACAUUGUCGAACCAGUGGUCCAAUAAAGCUAACGUUGCAGCUUCCAGUGCACUAACCUCUAUUUCGGAGAUCCUUGAUUCUGGUAACAAAGAGUACCAACGCAAAGCUAUUAGAAUAAUGUGCAAUUUUUCAUCCAAUACCGAACUUUGUUCUUUCAUGGUGUCUCUCGAUUGCAUCCCAAAAAUACUACCAUUUUUCGAAGACAAAUCCCUUUGGAGAGACUGUAUAUGUAUAUUGAAAAACCUCUGUGAUAAUAAAGAUGGUAGGAUAUCUAUUGUUGAAACUAAGGGAUGCAUGUCUUGUGUUGUUGAGGUACUUGGCUCUGACACCGACGAAGAAAAGGAACCGGCACUAGCUAUUGUACUCUCUUUGUGCUCUCAAAGCUUGGAAUAUUGUGAGCUGGUUAUGUACGAGGGUAUUAUACCAUAUCUUGUCAAUAUCUCCAAUAAGGGAAACGAUAACACAAAGGUGAAAGCGGUUGAACUUCUCCGACUUUUGAGAGAAGUUGAACCAAAUCUCAACAACUCUCAAGAUUCUAACGAGGAUCACUUUGAAGAAAAGAAACCGUCAAAGAAGUCCAACUCAAUUUUUAAGAAGCUAUCGCAGUUCGGAAAAUCAAGUUCAGAUUCAUCAAAUAACAAGAGAUGAAACCGAGUUCUCCUUAUAGGAUAUGUCUUUCUUGCACUUUAGGCUAAUCUUGCGCCAUUUAUUAUAGGAUCAAAUAUUCUUUCAUAAUUUGUCUGCUGCAUAUUUUUGCACCGUAACUGCUGGCUGUAUGAUGCAUAGUUCUGUUAUAUGAUGAUAUAAUGUAUAGUUUUUUUUUGACAUGCUAAGUAAGGGUUAGAAAAGGUAGUUGGGAAGUUCACCAUUUUCUGAUCUUCUCUCAAGAUGCUAGAGGGAUGGUUGGUGAUUUGUGAUUUGGUGAUCAUAGAUUAUAUAGUUGUAGAAAUAGCUUCUUAUCUUAGGCACUGGGCUAAUAUUCUCAUUGUUGUUGUAUAUAUGACUAUAUGUUGAAUAAUAUAUAUCGAGUUCAAUCGAUCGAUAUGUACCAUCAAUGUAAAAAUGUUAUACA